GGGCAGGCUUGAGGCACAGAGACUGAACUGCUCCCUCCCACCAUCCCUCACCCCCCUAAGAGAAAGGGUGCUCCCUCCAGUCCAGGGCAGGCUUGAGGCACAGAGACUGAACUGCUCCCUCCCACUAAGAAACAGAAAGAGUGCUCCCUCCUAACAAGGAUACAGAUUUACAGUAUAUGCUCACACAGCUGCUUCACUAAGGAAUACAAACUUGUUAUGUGACUGACUCAUGUGGUAGAAAAUUCACAAUACAAGGUAUUCUCGACAAUGUUAAGAACACAUACUUUAAUGUAAGAACUUGUAUUGUUCCACCCUGUAACUGUUUGUACUUUUCCACUCUGUAUCUUAUUCUUGCAACAAAUAGCUACGUGCAGAAUAAUGCUGCUGUCAGCGAGGGGGGUAACCACAGCAUCCUGUCUGCUAAAUGUGAACGUUGACAGGUGGCAACCGAUUGCAGAAUUUUUGAACCACCCUUUUGACCGUCUGUUCUACUAAAAAUAUGUUCUCUGUCUCCUCUGUAUGCAAGAGUUUCGCUCAAGUUGUUACAUGCCCAACUGUCACUUAGACAGUUUGCCGAGGUACCUAUAAAUAUCCAAGCUAGGCAGAGCUAUGUGGGCUUGUUCUCUAACUGACUCUGCACUGAGUGUUGUGACUAGCUCCAGGUUUGCAAAUCUUAAUAAAGCUUGCUGUUUGAGAAUCUACAGUCUCUCUUCCUUUCAAUAGAAUUUCCACGACACUCGGCUCAUAAGAACUUCAGUGACGUAUAUAUUAUGUUUAAAUACGUUAUUUAUCCGACAUCGACGUGCAGCUAUAAACUGCUCAGAAGUCCGCAGACUCGUUGAGGAGGGGGCUCACCUUUCACAGACACAGCGUCGUUUCAAAGAGAAUAAGAACAACAGUCAGAAGUUAAAAACCUGACCGAGCCCCGCAGAGUUGUUCUUCACUUAUUUAAAUGGUGUUGGGCACUCGUUGACGAUUCAGAAACUACUAAACAGAAUCCCGUGUGCUGCCAUGGACAGUGUGAAGAUGGAAUCUGUCCUGAUUAAAGAGGAGUUCCCUGAACUUGAACUUGUCCCCAUUAGAGUGGAGUUCUCUGGGCUGGCUUCCCUCCCCAUUAAACAGGAGCUCUGUGAGAUGCAAUGUGACAGCAGUCAGCCAGAGGUCUCUGAGAUUAAAGCUGAGCACAAUGACCUGGAGAUCCCCCAGACAGAAGAACCCCUUCCUGUUAAACAAGAAGAGGUGCUGGAAACUGUCCGUAUUAAACAGGAGCCCCCUGAAGUAGAGUUUGAGCACAUGGAACCAGUGAAGGAAGAAUCCGAGGACUUCAAACCAAACAUCCCUGAGCUGGAGCCUGUACGCCUGCGGGAGUGUAGCGUGGUGCUGGAGAGAAUCUGCGUGAGAGAGCAAGGCGCUGGAGAGGAAGGCUCUCCCAACAGCAUGCAAGGAGGUGGAAAGGAAGACGGGUGCUCCCAUUCAGAAUGCAGUCUAGCAGGUUCCAGUCCAGCAGAUAAAGCGAGGGCGGGCGGUGGAGAAUAUCCUGACUGUGGGAAAGGUUUCACCCAGUUAGGAAACCUGAAAACAAACCAGCAAAUUCACACAGGAGAGAAACCGUAUCGCUGCUCUGACUGUGGGAAGAGUUUCAGAAAUUCAGGAACACUGAAAAUACACCAACUAAUUCAUACAGGAGAGAAACCGUAUUUCUGCUCUGACUGUGGGAAGAGUUUCAGAAAUUCAGGAACACUGAAAGCACACCAGCAAAUUCACACAGGAGAGAAACCGUAUUGCUGCUCUGACUGUGGGAAGAGUUUCAGAGAAAGAGGAGCCCUGACAAAACAUGAGCGAAUUCACACAGGCGAGAAACCGUAUUGCUGCUCUGACUGUGGGAAGAGUUUCAGGCAUGCAGACUCCCUGAAUAAACACCAGCGAAUUCAUACAGGAGAAAAACCGUAUUGCUGCUCUGACUGUGGGAAGAGUUUCAGAGUUUCAGAACAACUGAAAACACACCAGCGAAUUCAUACAGGAGAGAAACCGUAUUGCUGCUCUAUCUGUGGGAAGAGUUUCAGUCUGUUUGGACACCUGAAAUCACACCAUCAAAUUCACACAGGAGAGAAACCGUAUUGCUGCUCUGACUGUGGGAAGAGUUUCAGGCAUGCAGACUCCCUGAAUAAACACCAGCGAAUUCAUACAGGAGAAAAACCGUAUCACUGCUCUGACUGUGGGAAGAGUUUCAGAGUUUCAGAACAACUGAAAACACACCAGCGAAUUCAUACAGGAGAGAAACCAUAUUGCUGCUCUGACUGUGGGAAGAGUUUCAGUCGGUUUGGACACCUGAAAUCACACCAUCAGAUUCACACAGGAGAGAAACCGUAUCGCUGCUCUGACUGUGGGAAGAGUUUCAGGCAUGCAGACUCCCUGAAUAAACACCAGCUAAUUCAUACAGGAGAAAAACCGUGUCGCUGCUCUGACUGUGGGAAGAGUUUCAGAGAAAGAGGAACCCUGAGAAAUCAUGAGCGACUUCAUACAGGAGAGAAACCGUAUUGCUGCUCUGACUGUGGGAAGAGUUUCAGGCAUGCAGACUCCCUGACAAAUCAUGAGCGAAUUCACACAGGAGAGAAACCGUAUUGUUGCUCUGACUGUGGGAAGAGUUUCAGAAAUUCAGGAACACUGAAAACACACCAGCGAAUUCACACAGGAGAGAAACCGUAUUGCUGCUCUGACUGUGGGAAGAGUUUCAGUCUGUUAGGAAACCUGAAAAGACACCAGCGAAUUCACACAGGAGAGAAACCUGUAUUGUUGCUCUGACUGUGGGAAGAGUUUCAUAAAUUCAGAACUCUGAAAACACACUCGCGAAUUCACACAGGAGAGAAAUUGUAUCAGUGCUCUGACUGUGGAAACAGUUUCAACAAGUUAGGACAUCUUCAAACACACCAGUGAAUUCACACCGGAGACAAACCCUAAGGACCAUGUUCAUUGAGAAAGAAACAUUACCUUACAUCAGCGCUCCAGAGAAGGGUUUGGGUCUGGGAGUAACUUACCCUUUUAACACUGAGAGUAAAAUGUUUUUCAGGGGGUAAAAUGCAACAUUACCUUGAAGUCCUGAGUAAUCUCGAUAAAUACUGUACAAUCUUUGAUGCUAAUGGACAGGCAUUAAAAAAAACCCUUCCAUUUUAACUGCAGUGUUUCUUUGAACUACAGUACAACCACAGCUCUACAAGGUUCUGUAUCGGCUCAGCACAUUUUUUUUUCGAUGUAUCACACUGACUCUGCAAAUCAAUUACAUUAUAUUUUAACAUUAACCUCUUUUGCGAUACGGACGUACCUGGCACGUCAUGAUUAAAAACAUGGUUAAAAAUGUUUUAAAAAAAUCUAUCAAUCUGGAUUGCUGUUUUUUCACUCAGGGUCGCUCAUCGAGGAGUUAUUACACAACAUAUUAGGUUGGUUGCUUUAAUGUCAUUAUAUUACACAGAUAAAAUAUAUUUGAUGUGAUGCAGUUGUUAAAUGUAAUUUACAGCCUGUUUGAAUGCAAGCAGUGGCCAUCUAUGGCUUCCACUGGAAACAUCCAGAAUGAAUUUAAAACAGUCUGUGUGUAACUUUUGUUUUCUUUUCAAUGAGGAUUGAUCAUAAAAAAAGUUUACCUUUUGAUUAGUAGCUGUUUUAUCGAGCUGUGCUUCAUGAAAUCAGCUUUGAAGUUACAUACGACUAUUUGUCUAUGUCUUGUUUUGUUCAUGUGACAGAGAGGAAGAUACUUCCUGCUCCUGACUGUCAUCGUGUGACACCAUUGUAAUGAACAGAGCGUGUGGGAGCUACUGUAUCAUCGUGUGACACCAUUGUAAUGUACAGAGUGUGUGGGAGCUACUGUAUCAUCGUGUGACACCAUUGUAAUGUACAGAGCGUGUGGGAGCUACUGUAUCAUCGUGUGACACCAUUGUAAUGCACCGAGCGUGUGGGAGCUACUGUACUUCCAACUUUUAAAAAAGUGUUGUAAACCCAGCGAUCAUAGGGUAAAAAUAAACAUUAGGAACCGUG